AUGUCGGGCCUAGAAGUGAUCGGCGGCAUCUCUGCUAUCGUUGCCCUCCUCGAUACCUCGAUUCAGGUCUACGACAGUGCCAGGAAUGAUAUCAAGUUAUCUAAGACUUUCGAAUCUGUUCGACGCCGACUGCCCGUUAUCCUUCACAUCCUUCAGGCGUGCGAGAAUGACCUAAAACCGGGCAGUGACUCUAUGCCCUCCGAUAUCUAUGACGCUUUGGAGAAGGUACUUGAUUCUUGUAACGAAAAGGCUCGAAAAUUGAGAGAAAUAUUCGAGAUGGUCAUACCUGGCGAGAAGGAUACGUGGGAGAAACGAUACGCAAAAGUCAUUCGAAGACUUGGAAAAGGAAGCAAAGUCGAGGAGCUAAUGGCUAUGCUCACUCAAGACGUCCAACUCCUCGUCAACAACCAUGCAGUGAAUUCUGCUACCGCAGAGGACAAUGCUAAGCUCAAAAAUAUCCUCAAAGAGAUGGAAUCUGUCACUAGCUCGACCACUGAGGAGGAGCAUUCAGCUUUGACGUUCCACAGCGGUGGAGGGGCCCAGACAAACAAUGUCAACAGUGGCAGUGGCCAGCAAAUCAACAACAAUGCUCAUGUCGGAACUCAGCAUUUCCAGUCCGUCACCCUCAAGCAGAAGGAAGAUUUCAGUUUUCGCGGACCCGUUGGCAUCUAUCUUGGUCAAACGCCUUACAUCGCCUCUGAACUCUUCGUCGGUCGCAUCUACGAGCUUAAUGAGAUCGCAAGUCUUCUACACUCUGAUCACAAGUCUCAAAAGCAAAGGCGCCUAGUCCUCGGCGGUAUAGGUGGUAUUGGCAAGACUCAGCUUGCGAUCGCCUACGCAGAGUCCGGCCGUGGUUCUUAUAGCUCGGUAUUCUGGCUUAACGCAGUAUCUGAGGCCGCAUUGAAAGACAGUUUCCGAUCAAUAGCCAGCCUUAUCUUCGAUGUUGAGGAACCUGGAGGGUUAGAGGACAAAGAGAUCGUCAGACGUGUACACCAGUGGCUAUGUAACCCCAAAAAUACCGGAUGGUUAUUGAUUUUUGAUAACUACGAUGACCCUACCCAGUUUCGGAUUGACCACUAUUACCCUCCUGCUUGUCAUGGGGCUAUUGUGGUCACCUCUCGACGACCAGAUCACGUUUCCGGGACCUCUCUUCACAUAAAGCCUUUUCAAAAUGUUGAAGAUAGCCUCGCAAUCCUACAAACCCGAUCAAAACGAGAGAAUGUUCAAUCAGAUCCUUAUGCUAUGCGCCUUGCAGAGCGACUUGCGGGUCUACCUCUUGCUUUGGCCACCGCCGGGACAUAUCUUCGGCGUAGUACCUUCACUUUCGAACGCUACCUUCAAGAGUACGAGAAACGUUGGAACAUUAGCCCUCGCCGACCCCUACAGCUCCAGGAGUAUCAGGACAGUACACUCUACACAACCUGGGAUCUAUCAUACUCUCGCUUAGAAAAGGAAGAUCCGGACGCGGCGAAAACACUGAAAUUACUCGCCUACUUUGAUAACCAGAUACUUUGGUAUGGGCUUUUUUAUGCUGGACUCACGGAUAGUUCUCCGGAGUGGCUUCGUGAAGUAAUCACAGAUGACGUGAAUUUCAAUGAAGUGAUGGGAGCCCUGGCCGAAUACUUUUUCCUAGACAGUCACCAGACGUCAGGCUCAUGGAGCAUGCAUAACUGUGUGCACGACUGGACUUUAGCAGCACUCAACAAGGACAUCGACGCAAACCAUUACUGGUAUGCUUUUGACUGCAUUUCUGCGUCUAUAAAAGAUGACAGGGCAGAUGACUUUGCAAAUUUGUCUUACUCUGCCUUGGCUGCUCAUGCCACGAGGCUAAUACAAGAGCGCUUGUGCACGAACGACGUCAUAUAUAAUAUUGCGCCUCAUCGACUCGACCAAGCUUCACUAAUUGCAAACCUACUUCGAGACCAAGUACUACUUCUUGCUGCCGAGAAGAUGUACCAGUGUGCGCUAGCUGGGAAGGAGAAAGAACUCGGAGCGGAUCACGCAUCGACCCUUGAGACUGUUAACAAUCUCGGGAUUCUAUAUCGGAACCAAGGCAGGCUAGAACAGGCGGAGCAGAUGUACCAGCGGGCGCUAGCCGGGCGCGAGAAAGCGCUCGGAGCGGACCACAUGUCAACCCUUCGCACAGUCAAAAAUAUCGGGAUUCUAUAUCGUCUCCAAGGCAGGCUAGAUCAGGCAGAGCAGAAACUCCACCAGGCACUAACUGGAUGCGAGAAAGCACUCGGAGCAGAUCAUAUUUUAACUCUUGACACAGUCAACAAUCUCGGAAUUAUAUAUUGCGUCCAAGGCAAGCUGGACCAGGCGGAGCAUAUGUACCAGCGGGCGCUAGCCGGGCGCGAGAAAGCGUUUGGAGCAGACCACACGUUAACCCUUCGCACCGUCAACAAUCUUGGGAUUCUAUAUCGUGUUCAAGGCAACCUAGUCCAGGCGGAGCAAAUGCUCCAAUGGGCGCUAGCUGGAAAGGAGAAAGCGCUUGGAGCGGACCACACGUCGACCCUUGAGACUGUCAAUAAUCUCGGGAUCCUAUAUCACGUCCAAGGAAAUUUAGACCAGGCAGAGCAUAUGCUCCAGCGGGCGCUAGCUGGGCGCGUAAAAGCGCUCGGAGCGGAUCAUAUUUCGACCCUUCGCACUGUUAACAAUCUCGGGAUGCUAUAUUGUGCCCAAGGCAGACUAAAUCAGGCGGAGCAGAUAUACCAGCAGGCACUAGCUGGGCGUGAGAAAGCGCUUGGAGGGGAUCACACAUCAACCCUUAAUACUGUCAAUAAUCUCGGGAUCCUAUAUCGUGUUCAAGGCAAGCUAGACCAGGCGGAGCAGAUGCUCCAGCGGGCGCUAGACGGGCGCUUUCUCGCGCUCGGAGUGGACCACACGUCGACCCUUGACACUAUCAGUAAUCUUGAGAUUCUAUAUCGUGCCCAAGGCAGGCUGGACCAGGUGGAGCAGAUGUACAUGCGCGUUGGGCUUGGGUUGGAGAAGAGGAUUACUGCGACAGUAUCUGACUUUGUAACGACGAUCUUAUAG